AUGUUAUUCUCGGGUUACAAGGUGGAAAUUUUGGUCAAUGACAGACCUCUCGAAGAAUGCUCCGAAUACAUCGAAAAAGAAAAACCUAUGACCACAGGUCCUUCGUAUGUUUAUAAUGAACUAACCAUGCGAAAGACAGAAAGCGAUCUAACGCAUUAUGCAGUAGUUGUAGACCCGGGGGCCCACUUUAAAAUACGUUAUGAAGUUCCCGUUAAUUCGACUUUGCCUGGUCCGAUCAUGGCCAUGGUUUAUGUCGACGGUCGAUAUGAUUAUACUUACGUUCCUAUCAUCAAGCAUGAGGAAAGAAUUCAGGUUAAAGAUGGAUUUACCCACGUAACUAAAAAUGUGAAGUACGGCUUCAAGUUCGACGUCAUGAGUUGGGGAGAGAACGAGAAAAGCGAUGAUGUCGGUAAAAAUGAAUUCGACGAUACAGAAUUUCAAAUUCCAAAAAUAGGAGGCCUCGGAUCCAUUUCUGUGUGUUUCUAUCGGGCGGAUCAUUAUUAUCAAAGAAUCAAACCGAUAGAAUAUGACAUUAAACGACCGGCAAUCCCCGAGGAAACGAAAGAUCUAAAUUUAGAGUUUCGGUUCGCCACUUCUUUCGACGAGAUAUCUAUUCCCACCCCCACUCCUUUAGAAUCUGUCUUGAAACAGAUAUCCAACCAGCCAUUGGCCGUGAUUCAUCUACAUUACCGUUCAAAGUCUUGGUUAGUUGAUAGAGAUAUUCUAAAAACUUCGCAGGAAUUACCCGUAAAACGCGAGAUUUUACCUGGAUUAUCACUGCCGCUACCUUCACCCUCUAUUAUGCCAAAAAAUCUUACACUGCCUAUCUCAAGCAAUGUUUGUUCACCAUCCAUUCAUAACAAUAUCCUUACCGAAGCAACUACUCAUAGCUCAAUAAGUAAUAUCACCGAUGUUGAUCCGAAUAGUGCGGUAGGAUGUAAUAGCAAAAAGCAGAAAGACUGCAAAAAAUCGCUUGAAGUCAAAAAUAAAAUUGAUGACAGUAAGAAUAGCAAUAUUGCUGGUACUAAUGAUUCUACCGAAAGUGAGGUAUCUCUUGUCACUAAAAAGACUCUGACAAAAGCAGACCUAAAGAAAUGGUGGAGCAGGUGGAAAUCUUCACGAAGUGAAAAUAUUGAUCCAGGGCAGAAAAGAUCUAAGAACGAAGUUUGUGAUGAGAAUAAAAUGUCAUCUGCAUUAGCGCCGGUGAAGGGGCGUGAUAAAAAGAAAAGAAAAAUCACAGAUUCCGAUGAAAUUAUCCUAAUAUCUUCGGAUUAG